CCAUUCUCCUACUUCCUGCUGCCUCAUCCUUCGCUCUCCUCUCGCUGGGCCUGCUCCUGCUGAACCCCGCAGCUGCUGCGCCCCACCUGCCUCGGGCUGCCCAGACCCUCCGGCUGUCUAGUUUGUCCAACCACAACCCCGCUCAUGCUGUGGGAAUCAGCUAUAAGACCCAGUACCUGGUGCAGCAGGUUGAUCACUUUGGAUUUGAUGUUAAUUUAACAUUUAAACAACGGUACCUAAUAGCCGAUCAAUACUGGAAGAAAGAAAAUGGUGUAAUACUUUUCUACACUGGAAAUGAAGGAGAUAUUACCUGGUUUUGCAAAAAUACGGGCUUCAUGUGGGAUGUGGCUGAGGAGCUGAAAGCCAUGUUAGUAUUUGCUGAGCAUCGCUACUAUGGAGAAUCCUUACCCUUUGGUAACCUGUCAUUCACUGAUUCCAAGCACUUGAAUUAUCUGACAUCAGAGCAGGCUCUGGCUGACUUUGCAGUUUUAAUUGAAUCCUUGAAAAAAGAAAUCCCUGGUGCUAAAAACAGUCCUGUCAUCGCUAUAGGAGGCUCAUAUGGAGGGAUGCUUGCAGCCUGGUUCAGAAUGAAGUAUCCUCAUAUAGUGAUUGGAGCUCUUGCAGCCUCUGCUCCCAUCUGGCAAUUUAUGGAUUUGGUCUCUUGUGGAAAGUUUUUUGAAAUUGUAACCAAUGAUUUUAAAAAAAGUGGCCCCAACUGUUCAGAAACCAUCCAGGGCUCCUGGAAAGCAAUUGAUAGACUAACAUCCACAGGUGAAGGUUUGCAGUGGAUUUCUGAAGCAUUUCACCUGUGCAAUCCAUUAAGAAGCCAAACAGAUAUACUUGUGUUGAAAUCAUGGCUAGCUGAAACAUGGGUAAAUCUGGCAAUGGUGGACUACCCAUAUAGUUCAGACUUUUUAAUGCCCUUGCCUGCUUGGCCUAUUAAGGAGGUAUGUAAAUAUUUGACCAAUCCCAAUGCGUCAGACAAAGAAUUGAUACAGAAUCUUUUCCAAGCAGUGAAUAUCUAUUACAAUUAUUCUGGAGAGGCAAACUGCCUGAAUACUUCACAAACAGCGACAAGCAAUCUUGGAAUCCAGGGCUGGACCUAUCAGGCCUGCACAGAAAUGGUAAUGCCCAUUUGCACCACUGGUAUCAGUGAUAUGUUUGAACCUCAGCCAUGGGACUUUGCUGCAUAUUCUGAUCAGUGUUUCCUAGAAUGGGGUGUGAGACCUAGACCAUUAUGGAUUCCGACUGUGUUUGGUGGUAAAAACAUCAGUUCACACAGUAAUAUCAUUUUUAGCAAUGGUGCAUUGGAUCCAUGGUAUGCAGGUGGAGUGAAUGAGAACAUCACAGAUAAUCUUGUCUCAAUAGUCAUCCCAGAUGGGGCCCAUCACUUAGAUCUACGUGCCAGGAAUAUUGAUGACCCUGAGUCAGUGCUAUUUGCUCGAACCAUGGAAGUUGACUACAUGAAGAAAUGGAUUGAACAGUUUUAUGGGCAUCACUGAAUAGUGACAUGGAGACACCAUGAUGAUGUCACACUCUUUUUCCAAACAUUACCCCCUGUACUUUUUCUGUGUAUUCUUUUCCCAUGAUUAGAUGAGGGGCAAGAGAAGCAAAGUACUUGUAAUAAAAUUUCCUCAGUUGGAUUUUUAUUUUCUGGGAGCUGGAUUUCAAUGUUCCAUAUCCCUAAAGAGAUCCUUUUCAGUUUUUACAAACCGACAAAAGCCUCACCUGGUGUUUUCUUCCUGAAUACCAGGAUUCUCUUAGGAAAGAGGAAAGACUCUCCUGAGGGACAGCUUAACUAAGCUUGGACCCUUUGAUCUUCACAGGUUCAGUUUUUCAAAUCACUUUGGGGCUACUUGUCACUUCUCAUCAGAGAAUUAUGAAAAAACAAAAAAGACAAGCCAGAAGUGUUAUUAAGGGCAGAGGGGUAGUGAAAAAAUGAUGCCUGCUAUUGAGAGAACCUUCUUAAUAGGCCACAUCUAGAACAUGGGAAAUAUUUCUCUUGUUCUCAGGUUGUUUAACCAAAAAUGUAAGUUGGCUUGUGCUAUUGUAAAUAAGGAAUAGGACUGGGUCUUAUACCUGUUUGUUUAUAUUAAAGUACACACCGGCUGUCUUUGUACAGGGCACAUAUUUAAUUUGGUUGGUUGUAUAAUUUUUUUUCUUUUAUGUGUUUCUUCCCUCCUUGGCAUCUUCUUUUAAUUCUGGGAUAUUUGCCAUGGUGGUUCAGCCAGAGAGAAAUUUGACUAUUUUCUGCCCUCUUUCUCUUUGUUUUUGUUUUUUAGAUCCAUUUUGGGACACUUCGGAUAGCCUCUGCUGGUUUAGAAAAUUAUUCAACUUUGCCCACUAUGUACUUUGGGGACUUCUUUCUAUAUAGUUUGGCACUUCUAGAUGUUUCAAUAUAGGCCUUAAAAUUAUAAGAUUAACUCUUCAAAAUUGGUUACUUUUACCUUUCUUUUUUUUGUCGUUGGUUAUGGUGAUGUAAUUAAAGUCUGGGAUGACAUGGUACAUAGGGGCAGGUGCACAACAAGUUUCCUGUUUGGUAUCCAAAAAGGCCACUUGGCCAAUUCAGAGAGACAGCAUUUUUGACAUUAAUAAAUGGCUGAGCUGUUCCUAUUUUCAAGCUUUUGGCUUCUUUCAUGCAGCACUUACACUGAAACCUUUCUUAGAGCUUUUUUAGGAUAACAAAUAGGGCUGGAUCAAAACCUUUCAAGGCCAGAGAGGGACUCCCUUAAACAGCUUCUACUUUGUUGAAAGCCUUUUUCUCUUAUUUCUGCUGUUCUCUUUCUUCAGUAUUCUUCCCAUUGCCCUGCCUUGGGAACAAUGUGUGUUUUUUAAAAAAUGUACCUCAAGCCUAUUCACUUUUUAAAAUGCUGAUUCAUGGUUUUAUCUCAGAUACAAGAUAAAGGGUUCCCCUGAUUUUUUUUUUUUGUGUGAUCUAGGAAAUACAGGAAAACAAUUGCCCUUUUUAAAGGAAUAUCCAGUUCUCCAUCAUAUUGAAUUAUUUUGCUACUAUUUUCAUUUUAAACUCAGUACAAUUCCUUGAUUUUGGAGAUCUUAUGACCAAAGUGUAACUAGUACUGUUUUGUAUUACCCGGGAGUAGUUGUUUAAUUUUGAAUUUAUAAAUUGAUAUUUUCCCAUUAUGUUUCUGUGAAUGGCCCAAGAAAAUUUUCAUUAAAAUGUUCAUUUUGUAUUAUA